UGUUUGAUGUCGUCGUUGUUAAGAUCGUAUGGAACCAUUUCCGGUGGACGAUGUUCCUUCCUCGUUUGUUUGGUUUCUGCAUCGUGUGCUAGGGCUUCUUUAUUUACCCUGUUCUGUUGAUUUCCUCCCUUUGAUCUUGAUCUUGGCAUGUUUUAGUAGCGGAGAGGUCGUGCAGAACCGUAGGGUGAUGGAUAUUCUUGGAUCGGAUUUGGAAUUGCUUAAUUAAUCGAAAAGUAGGGUUCAAGAUUGCGGGGUUAUGAAUCCUAGAUGAUCUGCCUCUUCGAUUUGUUUGAUUUUGUUGAGAUGGAAGGCGUUUGUUUAUAUUAUAGAUUUAGGGAUUGUGCUAGCCCCAACAUAUUCCUCUUGGGGCGACCCUUUCCCCCUUCGAAAGUCAACGCCUUGUUCGAUUCCUAUCCUUUCCUCUGGACUGGCCUUCCACUACUAGUUCCCCUCGGUUAUGUCUUCUUCUUCGACCGCAAAAUUGCAAAGGCUUAAUCCCCCCAAGAUCGCGAUGUCGAUCGAUUCUCACCAAAAAGAUCCGAUCUUUGCGCCUCUUUAUCGUUCAAAGAUGAAUGAGUCGCAAGUAAAGAGUCCCCACCUAACAAGUUUGGUACGAACACGUGUCCCACUUUGCGUGACCAAACUCGAUUUCGCAUAGCACCACCCGCAGAACGCGUCCAUUGCGUGUGCUCAAAGCAAAGCACGCGAGCGUUAUCUCCGUGUUGUUUAUCUAGUGGAAUCGAUAUCUCUCCGAUAUGUCUAUAUAUUUGAUUAGAAGUAUCACUACGACAUACAUCACAGCGAGAGGGCUCGUCAUCUGGUAGAAUUUGCCUCUCUCUUUUCUGUUCAUUCUUUUUGCCUCUCUCGUUGCCGUUGAUUAGAAUUUGCCGUUUAUCCUGUCGAAGAGCAAGAUAUUGGAUCUUUCGUGAGGUUUUCAAAGCCAUCUUUUCUGCUUGGUUCAACAUCCUUCUUCAUUGAAGAGAAAAUGGGAGGGGGAAAGGAUAAGCAUGACGAAUCUGAUAAAGGAUUGUUUUCAAACUUAGCUCAUGGGCUUGCUGGACAUGGACAGCAUGGGGGGUAUCCUCCAUACCCCGGGGCGUACCCACCACCCGGGGCAUACCCUCCACAAGGAUAUCCUCCCGCACCAGGUGCAUAUCCUCCGCAUGGACAUCCUUCUCAGGGAUAUCCCCCUCAAGGCUAUCCACCAUCAGGGUAUCCUGGAUAUCCUCCAUCAGGCGGAUACCCACCUUCGGGAUAUCCACCUGCCGCUUAUCCUGGUCCAUCGGCUCCAUCACAUCAUGGACAUGGAUCUAACAUGGGAGCGAUGCUGGCGGGGGGAGCUGCAGCUGCUGCGGCAGCUUACGGGGUUCACCAAUUGUCUCACGGCCAUCAUCAGAUGGGACAUGGAAUGCACCAUGGCUUGGGCCACCAUGGCAAGUUCAAGCACCAUGGCUUUGGCCACCAUGGCAAGUUCAAGCACCAUGGCAAGUUCAAGCAUGGAAAAUUUGGCAAGCACGGCAUGUUUGGUGGGAAACACGGCAUGUUUGGUGGCAAGUUCAAGAAGUGGAAGUGAUCCGUGAUUGCCUGAAUCCGUAUCAAUAUCUCGCUAUUGUUUUUAUUUUCUUGCUCUAAAUUCUGUCUUAUAUGCGUCACUCUCGUUUGUGAUAUGACUGUGUUGGGGAUGUGUUAUCGGCCUUAGGACAUUUUAAUCUUUGACAUUUGUCUUGUACCUCCUGGUAUUUAUUAUUGGUGCCCGAUGAUGCUGUUCA